AUGAAGUUUUUUGCUGCAAAAUCAGAUGAGGAAGAAGGCCAUGGCCGUACAGUGGUCAAGCCAGCACCAGGCGCACCCAUAGGCAUACAAAAGGUGUACCUCAUGAACAAGCUUGCAAGCCGGGUGGAUCUAUGGCUUAUUAUUGGCGGCAUUGUGUUAUUCGCAUGGGCCAAAAAUUGGGAAGGCAACACGAUUUACUCGAUCACUUUCAACGUCCUCAGUCUCUUUCAAGCCGCCAACCAGUACUCGCUUCUCAACACAGUCCAAUACUUGCUCCAAACAGUGUUAAUUCCAUUCUAUGCCAAGCUAUCAGACAUUUGGGGCCGUACGGAGGUCUUUGCAUUGUCGCUUUUCUUUUACAUUAUCUCUGGUGUUGUUUAUGCUUGCGCGCAACGCUUUAGCGACUUUGCAGGUGCACAAGUCCUGUACGCAUUAGGUAUCUCGGGUGCUCACUGUAUGGGACACGUUGUGAUUGCUGAUUUGACGAGCAAGGUGAACCGUGCGCUCUUCCAAUCCUUUUAUGACGUACCCGCCAUCAUCAACAUUUUUGUGGCUCCUAUUGCAGGCCAACAUUUCUUAAAUACCAAUUGGCGUUGGGUCUAUUCAAUGAUCCCAUUUUGCAUUGGUGGCACAGCCAUCAUUCUCAUGGCUGGUAUGCUGCAUGUGGAGUACAAGAUGCGUAAAUCUGGCAAGCUAGCACAAGUCCGCUCUGCUCUGGAAGCUGAGAACCCUGAAAAGCGAUCGAUGGCAGACCAAGUCAAGUGGUGGAUCAAAGAACUUGAUGUCAUUGGUAGUCUUUUGCUUGUUGGUGCUUUGUGUAUGCUAUUGCUUCCACUCGUGCUUGCUGAAACCGAUUUUGGUGGCUGGAAUAGCCCUACCACCAUUGGUUUGCUCGUAGCUGGUGCCGUCUCUUUGGUGCUCUUUGGCGUAUAUGAAUGGAAGUUUGUUGAAGUACCAUUGAUCCCUGUGGGUCGUUGGGAGACCUUUACGCCAAUGGCUGGUGUGCUUUGUGUAUCCGUUAUCAGUGUCAUUGCUGCUAUUCCUUUUGGCUACUUCCAAAUGUAUUUGCAAAUCGUCAAGCAAUGGGAUGUUAUCAAGGCCACCCAUGUUGAUCGAAGCUAUGACGCCGUAUACUUGGUCUCUCAAGUCGUCGCUGGCUUUUUAAUGAAGCAUUUCAAGGUCUACCGCCCUAUCAUCCUUAUUGGCAUUGCUCUCUUUAUGUUGGGCAUGGGUCUUAUGAUCCCAGCUCGUUUCCCUGGUGCAUCGGAUGUCUUUUUGGUUGCCACUCAAGUCAUUGCUGGUUGGGGUGCUGGAUGGGUCUAUGUACCAACAUUGGUUGCAGUGCAAAGUGCUGUCCCCCAUAAUGAUUUGGCUAUUGCUACUGCUUUGUACCAAUGCACAACGAUUCUUGCAUCCUCUAUUGGUGCUGCCAUUGCUGGUGCUGUCUGGAACAGCUGGUUACCCAGAGAAUUGGCUCGCAUUGUCCCUGGGGAAAUCAAUUACGCAUAUGCCAUUGGUGAUAUCAACUAUGUCUUGUCGUUGCCAAAGGAACAAUAUGAUGCCGUGGCAACGGGCUAUGGCAACAUUCUUCGCAUCUUUUGUAUCGUUGGUCUCUGCUUGAGCGUGCUUGCACUGGUGUUUGCAUUGCUCAUGAAGUCGUUUGAUCUUGAGGAUGACAAGGUUGACGUGUUAUCAGAAACCACUGUAAUCCCUGGUGAUGGUAUCUCUGAAAAGAGCAGAGAACAUGUGAAAGAUCAAGAUGAGUCAUUAAAGAUCGAACAGCCAUCAACUUGA